AAUUAGCCCUUUGUCUCUCUCAUUCGUUGUCUCCCCCAAAAAUAUCAUUUUACCUUCCAAGAAGAAGAAAGAUAUUUUCCUUAGCUUCCAAACUCACAACGCGAAGCUUCUUCUCAGAUUCCUUCUCAAAAAUGGAUCCGACGGCGGCGGUGAUGCCGAUUGAUCUGCCGAUUAUACACGACAGCGAUCGCUACGACUUCGUGAGGGAUAUAGGGUCUGGUAACUUCGGCGUGGCUCGUCUCAUGACUGAUAGAGUUACAAAGGAGCUUGUCGCUGUUAAGUACAUCGAGAGAGGUGACAAAAUUGAUGAAAAUGUUCAGAGGGAGAUCAUCAAUCACAGGUCCUUGAGGCAUCCUAAUAUUGUCAGGUUUAAGGAGGUGAUUUUGACGCCUAGCCAUCUGGCUAUUGUGAUGGAGUAUGCUUCUGGUGGUGAACUUUAUGACCGUAUCUGUAACGCAGGGCGAUUUAGUGAAGAUGAGGCUCGGUUCUUCUUCCAGCAGCUUAUCUCUGGAGUUAAUUAUUGUCAUGCAAUGGUACCUUCUUGCAACUUGUUCCUCUUCUUUGUUUCAGUGAUUUUACUCUUUGUGUUGAUUUAUUCCUACGUGAAGCAAAUAUGUCAUCGAGACCUGAAGCUGGAGAAUACAUUGUUGGAUGGAAGUCCUGCCCCUCGUUUGAAAAUAUGUGAUUUUGGUUACUCCAAGUCUUCUGUUCUUCAUUCGCAACCAAAGUCAACUGUUGGUACUCCUGCAUACAUUGCACCAGAGAUUCUUCUUCGUCAGGAAUAUGAUGGCAAGAUGGCUGAUGUAUGGUCAUGCGGCGUGACCUUAUACGUAAUGCUGGUUGGAGCAUAUCCAUUUGAGGAUCCAGCCGAGCCUAGAGAUUAUCGCAAGACUAUACAAAGAAUCCUUAGUGUCACAUACUCAAUCCCUGAGGACUUAAACCUCUCACCAGGAUGUCGCUAUCUAAUAUCAAGGAUCUUCGUGGCUGAUCCUGCAACAAGAAUCAGUAUUCAAGAGAUCAAAUCCCAUGAAUGGUUCUUGAGGAAUCUCCCUGCUGAUCUGAUGGACGAGAACAGAAUGAGUAGUCAGUUUCAAGAGCCAGAGCAGCCGAUGCAGAGCCUUGACACUAUCAUGCAGAUCAUCUCAGAGGCUACUAUUCCAGCUGUUAGAAACCGUUGUCUUGAUGACUUCAUGGCUGAUAAUCUUGACCUAGACGAUGACAUGGAUGACUUUGAUUCCGAAUCUGAGAUUGAUGUUGACAGUAGCGGAGAGAUAGUUUAUGCUCUUUGAGGGUUUGAGGACAAAGUCUGUUUUGUCCGUACUGUUUGUUGUUCAGACGCUAUUGGAGUCUUCUCUUAGCUCCUCUCGCAUCCUUUAUUUGUGGAUCGUUUGCUGUCCUUUAUUCACUACAGACUUUGGAUUCACAUACAUAUAUAUGUGUAAUAUAUUUUAUAAUAUAUGAUCC